AUGGCAAGCAAGUGGACGAUGACGCAACUUCGAUCGUGCGGUCACAGCUUCAAGAACUUUCCCAUGGCAUUGUACGCAGUGGACGUUACAUUUCAAAAAACGAACGCACCAGUUGGCUCGUUUGCGGAGAAGAAGCGGUUUUUCAGCAAAAAGCAUGGCCAGUACGGUUUGAAGGUUGAAGUCAGCGUCCUUCCCAAUGGUUAUGCCAUCAACGUCACCUCUGCCGCCCCUGGAAGCAUCGCCGACUUGACCAUAUGUGAAGAAAAUGAAGGGUUUCAUCUGGUCAUGUUGGCGAAGCGUCCAGAUGAGGAGAGCAUGCACGACAAUGGUCGUCAUCAGGAACAACACCCUGGUUCGUGGGCUCUUUUAGCUGACAAGGGGUACCAAGGGCUGCAACGGAGACUUCGUGCCAUUACCCCGACCAAGAAGCCUCCUGGCGGUAUGCUCUCAAGCAGCGAGCUUGUCCAAAACGACAAAAUUGCAAGUGACCGAGUCAUCGUGGAAAAAGUUUUUGGGCGCCUCAAGACUCUUUGGGCAAUUGUUAGCGAUACAUACAUGUGGAAGCGCGAGAAUUACGAUAUGUUCUUUGGGACCUGCGUGGCAUUGACCAAUGUUCAUAUUCAAUUUAUGCCGUUGCAGCAAGAGGAUGGUGAUGAGUACAAUCGUUACUUGAAUCGAAUUCUUGAAAUUGGUGCCAGCAUGAAGGCAAGGCGCUCAAAACUCGCCUCAACCUCGCGCGAAAAACGCAAAAUGCGUUUGUCCACACUGAUUCCUUCGGUGGAAUCUUUUGACGAAGUGUACUACGACAGUGGUGAUAAUAGCGGUAUUUUUGAUGAAUGA